AUGGAGGAGGUUGAAGAUAAUCCAGAAGAAACCCAGGGCACUAUGAAAAUCGGCAUCCCAAUGAGGAUAAGACUUGAUAAAACCUGUAAGAAGAGGUUUCGUGACAGUCAGAUGCUUCAGAAAGGGUCCUUGCUGCCAUACAAGUCUGUGAAGAUCCUCUGUGACUGGCUAUGUGAACACCACUUUAAUUCCUACCCUACUGUAGCAGAGAAGCGAAUGCUAUCCAAGAAUACUGAUUUAUCUUACCUGCAGGUCACCAACUGGUUUGUAAAUGCCCGCAGAGACCUUCGCUGGGAAAUUCUUCAUGAUACAGACAACUUGAGCCACCAAGGCGAUGCUGCCAAUGCAGCCCAGAAGCAGCACUCCGAUCCAUCCAAGGAGAUAGAGGCACAGUUUUACGCAAAAGCCAACAUGCAGGAUCUGCCCCUGACAACAUGCCAAGAAUCACAAGAGAAAGUGCCAUGCCUGGAGUCUUCUCCAAGUGAGGUUAUCUCAGAAGCCAAAAUGGAGAAAGAAGACAAGAGUUUCAUCAGUGUGCCUUGGUCUUCUCCUGAACUUGGAUGGUCAGAGGAAAAGCCUGAUUUUAGCAACUUCUACAUGUUGGUUGAUGUUGCUGUACAGAAGGCAGCAGAAUUGGAAGAGCAGAAGAAGCAAGAUACCAACCUACAGUGUCCCCAACAACUCAUAUAG